CCCGCCCUCUCACCCUGGACCUGCGUGGGCCUCCCAGGGGGGGCCACGUGGACGCGCGCGAGCCCGCCCUCCUAUCACGUGACCCUGACUCCGUGCUCUCUACACUACCGCUCUCCUACCUCCCCCUCGCGGAACCUGGCGUUAUGGCUGCCGCCGUGUUCCGCGCCACCUCUCACUCUCCGCUGCUUCCCCUUCUCUUGGGCUUCCUGCUCCUCUCCGCUCCGCAUGGCGGCAGCGGCCUGCACACAAAGGGCGCCCUUCCCCUGGAUACAGUCACUUUCUACAAGGUCAUUCCUAAAAGCAAGUUCGUCCUGGUGAAGUUCGACACCCAGUACCCCUACGGUGAGAAGCAGGAUGAGUUCAAGCGUCUUGCUGAAAACUCGGCCUCCAGCGAUGAUCUCUUGGUGGCAGAGGUGGGGAUCUCAGAUUAUGGAGACAAGCUGAACAUGGAGCUGAGUGAGAAAUAUAAGCUGGACAAAGAGAGCUACCCAGUCUUCUACCUCUUCCAGGAUGGGGACUUUGAAAACCCAGUUCCGUAUAAUGGGGCAGUUAAGGUUGGAGCCAUCCAGCGCUGGCUGAAGGGGCAGGGGGUCUACCUAGGCAUGCCUGGUUGCCUGCCUGCAUAUGAUUCCUUGGCUGGGGAGUUCAUCAGGGCCUCUGGUGUGGAGGUCCGUCAGGCCCUCUUGAAGCAGGGGCAGGACAACCUCUCAAGUGUGAAGGAAACUGAGAAGAAGUGGGCUGAGCAAUACCUGAAGAUCAUGGGGAAGGUCUUAGACCAAGGGGAGGACUUCCCGGCAUCAGAGAUGACCCGGAUUGCCAAGCUGUUAGAGAAGAACAAGAUGAGUGACGGGAAGAAGGAGGAGCUCCAGAAGAGCUUAAACAUCCUGACUGCCUUCCAGAAGAAGGGGGCUGAGAAGGAGGAGCUGUAAACUCGGGUCUUCCAGGGUUUGGUGGGGGUAGGAAGGAGAAAGUCCCUCGUGGUAUAUAAGGGGGUGGUGGGAAGAAUGGUACUAAACCAGAAUUCUGAGCUCUGAGUAUGGCUGGACAUUGGUGCCGAUGUGACCACGCUUGGGACAUCUCUGUAGCCUGUGUGGAAAUAGCUGGAUCACUUGCUCAGGUGGCUGGUAAAAUGCCCCCUCAGAAGGAAUUGGUGCUAUAAAGAGGAUGGGAGUGUACUACUGCCCAGGUCCUGAUAGGUGUGAUUCUGAUCCAAUUAAAGUUUCACUGUUUUGGUUAGGUGGACCUAGA